CGGAACCGCAUCAAAAUAGGGUUCAUUUAUCAGUUUUUCCUUCCUCUCCUUAUCGGUAUCAUCUCCUUAAUUUCUCCUAUGAUACUCCCAAAACCCUACCUCCUUCCAAUUUCAAAUGGCUUUCCACUCUCUACAUGAUUCUUAUUGCUGCAUCGUCGUCCCAUCUCAUCCUCGCCGUGUCACGCGGCUCACGCCUCCAGCUCGCACCACCUUGGUCUCGCAACCCAGCUGCCACCUCGCACCUCAGCCUGGCAAAGUGUCCCCAUGCCCGUGCCUAGAAAAGCGGCCUCCACCUCCGCCUAGAAAAGUCUUUGCUUCCUAUACUUUGUCUCUUCUCUUUCAAGAUAAGUUAUUUAUCUUUUUAUCUACUACUCCGUAUGUUUUUUGUUUUGUUGAUCAGAUUUCUGUUGCUUUUUUUAUCUGCCUAAAGUCCAUAAAUUAUAAGAGCUGACCGUGAAUCUUGUUUUGCCAUAUUAAACCUGAUAAAUACUCCAUAUGUCACAUACAAUGGUGGUGAUUGGCGAUUUUUAGAAACAAGGGCCGCUCAUUAUGAGAGUUGCCUUUAUACGAACUCUUUUCAUCCUCUUCAUAAAUUAGUCUUCUCACAAUGAUGUCGAAUUUGGAAUAAAUUAAUUUGAAAUCUGUAUUUGCUGAAGUUAGAUUGAUGUGGGAUGAAAGCUUAUAUAAUUGCAUUUGAAUAAGUUUUUCUCGUUUGAUUUUAUGAAGAUAUUUGUGAGGUUUUAUAUUGACUUUGUUAUUGUUAGAGCCCGUUUGGAGAACUCUGUUUUCGGCUUAUCAGGCUUAUCAGCCAGCUUUUUCACCAAACACGUAACUUUUACUUUCGCGCGCUGAAUUGUGUAAUAAGCCGAAAAAGUAAGGUUGGAGUUACUUUUCUGGCUGUAUUGGCUGAAGUUACUGUAGAGGACCAUUUUAGCUAUUUUUACAUAUAAUUUUUUCUUUAAUUUAUUAAUAAAAUAUAUUUUUAAAAUAUUUUUUUCUUAAAUCAGCAGAAUCAGCCAAAACAGCCACUCCAGCCAGAAUAUCAUAAAUUUCAGCAGAAUCAGCCAAAACAGCCUAUUUUGGUGCUACCAAACGGGCUCUUAAUCUUGAUUUUUCUCUUCUGCUAUAAACUGUGUUAAAGUUUGGCUAUUGUAGCAAUAAAAAUUAUUAGUGCUUUUUUAUAGCUUGAUUAACAAUACGAGCUUAUAUAUAAGAAUAGUCAUAUUUGAAAAUAACCUUAUAAAAUACUUCAUUGCAACCCAAUUAAACAAAAUACGUAGUGCUUAUUCCAAUAGCAACCCAAGCAGGUUUUUAUUUAACUACCAAUAGCUUGAGGUUCAUUCUCUCUCUGUUUUCUAUCUUCUUUUAUACUUUUAUAUCACACUAUAUUUAACAUCUCGUGCUCUAAUUCUUCUUAAUGUAUGCAGAUUUUCAAGUCAACAUCAAUGUUAACAUUCAAACAGUCUUGCACAAGUUUGAUCCACAUUUCUACUCGAGUCAAUUAACUAUCCCACUUCUUGAGGUGACUCUAAAUGAUUAAUAGCUAUUUUAUAUUUAUAUUUUUUCUGAUUGCAAACUUGCAAUUAUCAAUUUCUUGGGACCAUCUUUUUUGUUACAACUUAAGAGUGGAAGUUAUAUUGUUAUUUAGAUGUUGGCAUGAUGAUGUAUGACAGACUAUACAUCUAUUUUCAACUUUAAAGGAUUGUGGGUGUUCUGUGAAGACAUAAAGAAGCCGGUGUUGAAGUUUAUUAAACUUGAGGAUCAGUUUGGGUGAAGGGCAUGAAGGGCAUAGUCUAUAUCCUUAUCAAUACAAUUUUUCUUUUUAAAAACAAGAAUUAUUGAACUGUUAUGAUAACCCAUUAUGUUAUUCCUUCAGUAUUUAUAAAAUCUCAAACUUAUAAAAAGAAGAAUUCUGAAUUCCGUAAUUUGGCUUAUUUGAAUAAAAUUUAACUGGAAUAAUAAUCAAAGAAAUGAAUAGAGUAAUUGGAAUAACUGUGAUUGUCAGUUAGUCAUUUGCCACUUAGGAAUGCAGUGAUUAAUUCUCAGAAGUUUCUGGAAGACUACAAAUAUGUCUGGGAGUGGUAAUUGGCUCUUCCUGCUGCAAUUCUUUUUCUUUCUAUAAAUUUUGACAUUGCUUCUUGCCUCUAUUGACAUUUAUUAGAGGUGUUUUGCUUAAGACUCACUUGAAAUGGUAUUGUCAAGCAUUUAGAUGAAUAGUGAGAAAAACUAGGAUCAACUUUUGACUUUGUAAUUGUUGAUUGACAAAAUGAAAAUGUUGGUGCCUCAUCAUAAUGUAACUGUAAUCUAAAUUGCUUUCUUCGCUUACUUUGAAUAUUUUGAAGUUUUAUUCUUUUGAAGUUUUAUUCUUGUUGUAACUUCUGGUAGAAUUAGAUAUGUAGGUGGACUUGCAAAGAAUAACCUCCGGAGUAGAAUUACAAAAAGGUGUGUGGAAAUUUGCAAAGUAUUGAACUGGUUUACAACUGACCCAAGGAGCAGGAAUGGCCAUUUUAAGGCUUCUGGGAGGAUUUCAUCCCCAAACGCAAAGAAGGAUUCUAAGAUAGCAGAGGAUGGAGGGGGAUCACGUUCCAUAUGUUUAUGGAUUCUUCCAGUUUGUUUUUGGUUAAAGAAUGUAUUCUAAGAUUAAUUUUGUUGUUGUAUUGAAUUCCUAUGAUGUUUUUGUGAGAACUAAUAAAGGAUAUAAUGGGUUAUUCGUGAAAUAUCAUAAAAAGGCUUGUUUUUAUUUAUAUUACCUAUUUUUGUUUAAA